GGCAGUUCGCAUCGCGCACGUACGUCGCAAGGUACGUAGACGGUUGGGUAGGGAAGUACAGGUCCCCGGCGGUGGUAGGACUGGUGUAUCGGUAGCGACGGUGGGGUGAUACGUGCGUGCGCUUACAGUGUUCGCUCAGUGUGUGUGUGCGCGUGUUUUGUUGCCGCUACGAUGCGUUUGAUAAAUAUCGAGUGACCGUUAUCGUCGUCUUCGCCGUCGUUGUCGUCGCGUUGUGCGCGAAGGAGCGAACAACAGCCGGGGGGAGCCGUCAGCUGUUUGCGAGUGAGAAGGGACUGUCAUCGACGCGGAACGGGGCGCCGUGAAGCAGCGGGGAAAGCGAGCAGCCGAGGAACGAAAGGAGCGAACGAUCUCCAGCCAGCUGAAGUUAGUCGCGAGACGACGAGGGGCGGAACAAGUUGGUAGUGCGCGUGUGUGUCGGUCGGCGAUGAUCGUGCAGCGUCCGCGUGCUAGCGUGAUCUCGACGGGGAAAAUGAUGGCGUAAACCUUGCAGUGUUCCGGAAACGACGGAGAGAGAAAGAGAGAGAGAGAGAGAGAAAGAGAAGGAGAGAAGAGGAGAAAGAAAGAGAGAGAAAGAGACGCGCGCUGCGUUCAUACUCGUUCGUGGCGGCCUUCGUGUCGAACGCAGCAGCCGAUCGUCCGCGUCCUCCAGCCGUUGUUCACGUCGGUUGUACAUCGUCAUCGGCCGCGAGCGAGCGGAGCGUGACGCGUCAUCGUCCCUCCCGUGAUCGAGACAUUGUGCGCAGUGGUGUGUGCGGUGCUUGCUGGAAGGCAAGGGAAAAAACAAGUGAAAAGGGAAGGUUGGGGCAGGAUAAUAGCGCGCGUUCUCCUCGUCCGCUCGUCGUCGUCGUCGUCGUCGCCCUGUUGCUGGCGACCACGUCGCGUCACGCCGUUUGUUUUGUAUUGGCGAGGUCGCGGAUACUCGCGAAGGUGGUGCCGAUCGACGCCAGGUAGCCAGCGCGGCGUGUCCUGACUGCAGCGAGGGAUAUAGUGUUACGAUGAUCAGUGACACGUGCGGAUACGUUCUCUUCCUGCUGCUGCUGUUGCUGGUUCCCUACAUCGAGAGCGCUCGCCGGUUGAACGAGUACAUCCGCCACUACGAAACGUUGUCAUAUCCAGUCGAGGAGGUCCAUCGAAGUCACCUGAGGGCAAAGAGGUCAAUCAAUCGCGACAGUACCGUGACGUUGAAGUUCCGCGCGCACGGCAAAGACUUCCACAUUCGAUUAAAGCGAGAUUUGACCACUUUUAGUAACAAUCUAAUUAUUGAGGGAUCUACGGGAGAGAAGCAUUACGACAGCAUCUCCCACAUUUACCUGGGCAAUCUAGUCGGUGAGCCUGGUAGCCAUGUGUUCGGAAGUGUCAGUGAUGGAGUCUUCCACGGGAAGAUAGUAUCACCGAAGAGUGGUGCGUGGUAUGUGGAAAAGGCGCAUUACUAUUUUCCGCCGCACGAGAUAAACGAGACAUUGCAUUCUGUGAUCUAUCACGAGGAUGACGUCGGUGAUCCGUACGUGAACGUUCGACAAGGUGAUGGUGGUGGAUGUGGCAUUACUAACAGUGAUGUGAUAGAAUGGAUGGAAAGAAUCCAAAAUUCCGCUUUACCGGAUGAACCGCCCAAGACGGCUUCAAAAGGAAGUCAAAAGGAGCCAAAACCAAACGUCGCACCUUGGAACGGCGAUCGAGAAACUCCUGGUCACAAAUACAGCAGGGAAGCUAAUGAACCUAGUCAUCGCAGGUCACGAAGAGCGACCAGAUCGAAGGAGAAUAAUACCUGUUCACUCUUCAUACAAACAGAUCCUCUUAUAUGGAGGCAUAUCUCCGAACAGUUGCAUCACGACGUGGAGAAAACUAGAGAGGAAAUAUUGUCCUUGAUCGCUCACCACGUCACCGCCGUGAAUUACAUCUACAGGGACACGAAAUUCGAUGGAAGGACAGAGCAUAGGAACAUCAAGUUUGAGGUUCAACGAAUAAAGAUCGAUGACGAGACGGCGUGUACGCCUCAAGCGCCAUUCAGCGAACCAAAUCCGUUCUGCUUGGAGAACAUCGACGUCAGUAACUUCUUGAACCUGCAUUCCCUUUCGAAUCACGAGGACUUCUGUCUCGCCUACGUCUUCACUUACAGGGACUUCACCGGAGGCACCCUUGGACUCGCUUGGGUUGCAUCCGCGUCAGGCGCGUCCGGUGGUAUUUGCGAAAAGUUCAAGACUUAUACCGAAACGGUGUCCGGCCUGUAUCAGUCCACUAAGAGAUCCCUGAACACCGGCAUCAUAACUUUCGUGAAUUACAACAGCCGAGUGCCGCCCAAGGUAUCACAACUGACUUUGGCGCAUGAGAUAGGCCAUAACUUCGGAUCACCGCAUGAUUUUCCGCCGGAAUGCAGACCGGGAGGCUUGGACGGUAAUUAUAUUAUGUUCGCCUCAGCGACGAGCGGAAAUCGACCGAACAACAGCAAGUUUUCAAAGUGCAGCAUUGGCAAUAUCAGCAACGUCCUAGAUGCUAUCGAGGAUAAUAAAAAGAGGAACUGUUUCACUGGGGCAUUUUGCGGAAACAAGAUUGUUGAGGCUGGCGAGGAGUGCGAUUGUGGAUACGAUGACAACGAAUGUGUCGACAAGUGCUGCUAUCCUAGACAGGUGUCCGAAACGGAUAAAGUGAAGAAUGAUACGGCGAAAGGUUGCAAUAGGAAAUAUGGAACACAAUGCAGUCCUAGUCAAGGACCAUGCUGUUCGAGCGAUACGUGCCAGUUUGUUCCCUUCUCCCAUAGAGUCCAGUGUAGAGCUGAAUCGGACUGUAGUUACAAUUCUACUUGUAGUGGAAGAUCAUCCGAAUGUCCAGCACCGCUACCGAAAGCAAAUAAGACUAGAUGCAACGAGGGCACUCAAUUGUGCAUCAAUGGAGAGUGCACCGGAUCCAUUUGUCUAGAGUGGAAUAUGACAGAAUGCUUUUUAACGAGCAGUAUUAUACCGAACAUCGAUAAGCGAAAGCUUUGUGAAUUAGCCUGUCAAAAUGGCACUGAUACAUCAACAUGUCGCGGUACGAGCGAAUUUGCGCACAUGGUAGGACUGCCCGAGGGUGGUAUGAGUCUUCGACCUGGUUCACCUUGCGACAAUUUUCAAGGUUACUGCGAUGUUUUCUUGAAAUGUCGAGCUGUCGAUACUGAAGGACCUCUUGCAAGAUUGAAAAAUUUAUUGUUCAACAAAGAAACUUUAUCAUCGGUAGCACAAUGGAUAACUGAAUUUUGGUGGGCGGUGCUAUUGAUGGGCAUAGGUUUCAUCAUAUUUAUGGGAUUGUUUAUCAAGUGUUGUGCUGUGCAUAUUCCUUCCACUAAUCCUAAAAAACCGCCUGCGAGGCGCAUCAGUGAUACCUUAACAAGACCGAUGAAUACUCUUAGAAGGAUGCGACAUCCAUACGGUGCAGGAGGGCCUGGGCCAAGAAGUAUACCCCCAAGACCAAGUCAAGGUGGACACGGAACACGUGGACCUUCUCAUGGUUAUGGAGAGGGUAGAGGUGCUCAAUAUUAUCCGAAAGCAGGCUAUCGCUCGGUUCCCACAGCUAGUGCGCCACCAAAUAGCGGGUCAGCAGACAACUACAACCGUUCCAAUCACCCAGAGUUGUACGCCGGCGCCUAUUCGAGCUCCGGGGGAGGGGGGAGGGGCGCAGCCUAUGAGAUGAGGCAUCACAACAAGGUGUGACGAUCCUAGGACGUCGUCACGGACUAGGGCCACCAGUCGCGGCGUUGCAUCACGGGUCGUUGUGUGAAACGAUUGCCAAACACGAAGGAAAUCGAUCCAUGUCAUAUAAGCUGUUCAACGCUCAAGGAGCGCGACGAUGUCUCAUAACCGAGGUCGAAGCAAUAAUGACGAGAUAUGCAGCGCGAUAAUAUCGCACGAUGAUCGAACAGAUUGAGAGGUCCGACGAUACGCGCUUUUAUUUAAAUUGUGUUGAAUUCAUAUAAAGUGCAAAAGUGCCGUACGUUACUAGAUGCGUUGUAGAUACGAAGAAAGUACACGUCGGUGAUCAAAUUGAUCUCUCAUUUUCAUCAGUUCGGUAGAUGUGAUUUUUCUGCAGAGACUAAUGCUGCGAACGGCGACCCGGAAGAUCAAAUUAACAAAAGUUACGAUAAUAAAGUAACGGAGUAUAUAUCCGAAAUCAUGAGUACUGAGAAUUUUAUAUAUGUAAUCUUUUUUAUGUAGUAUCAUCAAUAUACACGCGGAUCUUUCGCGUCGCCAUUCAAAGAACUCGUCGCAUGAUCAAAUUUUAGAACGCUUCGGACAGCCUUCGUCAAUGCGAAGGUGACAUUGUUAUAUGAUCAAAGUAAUUUAAAUCGAUGCAACUUGUGAUUCAUUUAUCGCUUUAGCGAUCGACGUUGUAUUCGCACAGCGACGAACGCGGCGAUGUUAAAACGCGUCGUAUUUUCGCCCUUCGAACAUUACAAGCACUUAAGGCCAAGGUUGUAUGGUCUUUAUGUGACGGCGUCCUUCACGAGAUGUCGAUACUCGUGCAUGUCGCUCUCGAAAGUUAAGUUAAGAGAUCUGUGAUCUAUGAUUGAGAUCUCUAUUCGUUUGUUAGAGAUUAGAUACAUGUUUAGCGGGGAAUUGGCAAUAAGACAAUACGUCCUUUGGUGUAAGCGGUAUAUAUAUAAAUGAGUUUUCCAAAGGCAAAUGUUUUAUUCGCAUUUCGUUUAUUUUGAUGAAUAUAGCGAGCUAAAAAGUGUUUUUUAUUCAGAUUGAAGUUUUAUUAUGAAUAAAGCGAAUAUGUAAUCUAACUUUAAAAUUCGAUACAGAUCAUAAUAUUAUUUGAUCAAGAGAAAAAAAAACUGUUGUAGACUAAAAUUCAACAACAUUUUCAAUUUUUUCUUGAUCAGAUAAUAUUAUGAUCUAUUAUCUACAUAUUCUAUCUGUAUUUUUAUUAUAUCUGCAAUUUUAAGGAACCUAAAAAGUUUCAUAUUAUAAAUGACUUUCUGGAGCGAAAUGACACCUUACCAUUACCAAACCAUCACAGGUCAUUCACAUGAUCUCUGUACCAUUGUAGCAUAAUAAUUAACGGUAUGUAUUAUUCUUAUACUAAUUUGUAUUAGCCAAUUGGAGAAUGAAUGGAGCUAUGCAAGAUUAUGGAAGGAGAUAUAAGAGCAGCAACACAAAAUAAUGCGUUUCUGUAGCAAGGUAUUCCAUUAACUAUUAUAUAUAUGAACAAAAAAAUGAUAUUGAUUAUUAUUAGGCUAUGCUAAUUAUUACUAUUAUUAUUAAUUAGUUAUAUCUUGCAGAUGAUAAUUUAUCUCCGCCUAUUGCGAAUGUUAUAAGUUAUAUUUAAUUAAAAACAAGUUUUUUAAUAUCUAUGUAUUAAGUCGGGGGCUGCACCGUAAACGCGCGAUUAUGCGUAUAGCGGACCAAAGACGAGCCCUCUUACCGAAACGCAGCGUGUUAUAUUAUACAAUAUAUUAUAUAUAUAUAUACAUAGGCUCUCACACGUACACAGCUGCAUACUCGUAAACGAGAAACACGAGAUCGGUUCUCAUUCUCGAGGUGAAUCGUAUCUGGUGCUGUUGAACUGCUUGUCGAUACGAUUAAUGCACUCCCCUCUUCUCCAAAACGCCAAAUCUAACAAUGAAACGACUGAGUUCUUUUUCAUAUAUCUCUUAUCGACGCCUAUUUAAUGCAAACGUGUCCGAUCCUAUUUAGAUUAUAUUAUCCUGUUUAGAUAUAUAAUUUAUAGCGAAUAAUAUUGAAGGCAUAUUAUUAUAUGCAUAAAAAGCGUAUUCAAAUUAUCGAUAACAAAUCAGAAGAUUUAAUGAUUGAUCUGAUUUCAAAAUAGCAUAUGUUUAAUCAGAAAAAAGCUGAUUGAACAUGUAUUAUU